UUUUCAAGAAGGUGGGAUCAAUAGCUGAUGAAUUUAACUCAACUCAGACAUACUAUGAAAAGACGAUUGUGUCAGUCCAGGAGAAUCUUCAGGAACUGGAUCAGAAAUCAGUGGACAACUGCUCCUUCUGUCAUGAUACAGGACAACUCGGACAGGAAAUUAGCAAAUUACAGAAGGAACUGGAGGAGAUUCAGAAGAAGCUCUUGGCCCAGGAAGUAUUACUUGAUCGAGCUGGACAAGCCCACCAGCAGCUUUCAUCUUCCAGCAGCAAGAUCACUGAUGAGGUGGACAGUUGCUUCUCUGCUGUUCAGCAGGUCAACCAGAGUUUGAGCCUCUUCCUGGCUCAAGUGAGGGGCUGGCAGGCUGCCACUUCUGAGCUAGGCAACUCACUCAAGGAGCUAACACAAGAACACUUUGAUGUUGAAACUGCUAUGCAGCAGAUAAAUUUUACCAGUGGGCAGACCUCAGACUGGAUCCAGACCAUCCAGAGAAAGACAAAUGAGGAGACCCUGACACUACAGAAGAUUGUGACUGAAUGGCAGAACUAUACCCGGCUGUUUGGCAGCUUGAGGGCCACCUCUUCCAAAACAGGUGAGCUGGUAAAGAAUGUCCAAACUAACUUAGGUAUUGCCUCGCAAAGGAUCAGCCAGAAUUCAGACAGCCUGCAUGACCUUAUACUCCAAGUAACAAGUUUACAGUUGCAGCUGGACAACAUCACCUCCUUCCUGGAUGACCAUGAGGAGAACAUGCAUGACUUUCAGUACCAUGUCCAAUACAUGCAAAACCGGACAGCUGAGCACUUUCAGACCUUAGAAGGCCGCAUGACAUCCCAUGAGAUUGAGAUCAGCACCAUCUUCACCAAUAUCAAUGCCACUGAUAGCCAUGUUCACAGCAUGCUCAAGUACCUGGAUGAUGUGCGACUCUCUUGCACACUGGGCUUCCACACACAUGCUGAAGAACUUUACUACCUGAACAAAUCAGUCAGUCUCAUGUUAAGCACCACAGAUCUUCUGCGGGAGCGUUUUAGCCUGCUCAAUGCCCAGUUAAACUUUGACAUUCGCAACCUUUCUAUGGUCAUGGAAGAGAUGAAAGCUGUUGACAUCCGACAUGGGAAGAUCCUGAGGAACGUCACCAUCUUACAAGGUGUUCCUGGCCCUCCUGGUCCCAGAGGAUUCAGAGGAGAGCUUGCUAAAGGGCCACCUGGAAGCAGAGGAGUGAAAGGUGACACGGGGAGUCUGGGCCGCCCGGGGCCACAGGGGCCCUUGGGCCCUCCUGGCCCUCCUGGCCCUCAAGGCGAGAGAGGCUCUGUGGGCACAAAAGGGCCCUCUGGAUUCAAAGGGAGCAAGGGCAGCUUCGGACAAGGGGGUCCCAAGGGGCGGGCAGGCCCCAAAGGGGACCUGGGGCCUCCGGGGCCUGAGGGGGCCAUUGGUCCACCCGGCCCAGCUGGCCCACAGGGGAAACCGGGCAUCCCAGGCAAGCCCGGGCUCCCUGGCCCUAUCGGGCUGAUGGGCCGAAAGGGGGAUCCUGGAUUACGGGGUCAGCGUGGAUUUCCAGGGCCCCCAGGACCCCCAGGAACGUGAACUAUCCCUUUUUUUUCCUCCCAAAAGAAAAGUUUUAAUGUGGACGAUUGAAAAAAACCUCUUCUACAGCAGACACCUGUCCCCUCAGAAAGAUAUCGAGAUAAUGGGGCGUGGAUUGUGUCAUUUAUUCUGCACUGCUAAGCUCCAUUUCCAGCCGCUUAGGGGUAGCUUGAAAAACUGCUUCAAAUCACUGAAUUUCCUUAAUUUUGGGAAUGCCAAAGGCAAAGAAUUGCAGCUGCUAUUUAGGGCCCCACAACCUCAUCCCCUUCUUCAUCCCUCCCUGUAACACUAUGAAUCAAUCGGUCAAGGUUGGCAUUUGAUAGAUCACCUUCUGAUGACGGUCUUCUCUGCUGUUCCUGCUUUUUGUUUUUUGUUUUUUUUGUUUUUUUAGGGGAACAAUAUGAUUCUUACACGCUCAGAUGCCAAUGCGUGUAUGUAUAUGUACAUAAAGAGUAAACCCCUUUCUCUACCUGCCUCUGCUCUUACCUAACAGAGCCUGACAAACAGACCAGCGGCUGGGGAGACUUUCUUUCUGUUUCUUAGUCCCGCAGCAGGUGAAACUUCACCUGGGUCAUGCCUGGUUGCCAGUUGCUAAGGAAGGCCACAAAGCAGAACUAGUUCCUGAACCUCGCAGUACUCAUGAGAGCAGAUCAAUGUGCAGAUUCCCCCCCAUCCCCACUGCUGUCAGAUGAGCACCAUGAAGGGUGGGCUUAGGCACAGCACAAUGGCCAUGCUCAAGCCUUGCAACCAGAAACAUGGUCUGCCCUCAACCCUCCAGCCAAAAGGCAGCAAAGCUGGGGAAAACCUCCCACUUUGUUUAAAAAAAAAAAAAAAAGCAUG